AUGGGAAAACCACAUGUUUUGGUUAUACCAUAUCCAGCACAAAGCCAUGUCAUUGCUCUCAUGAAUCUCUCCCAAAAAUUAGCCAAUCAGGCCAUCAAAAUCACCUUUGUCAACUCAGAGUUUAAUCACAAGAGAGUCAUUGAUGCAUUUGGCAAGAAUGUCGCCGAAAACGGCUUACUACGGCUAGUUUCAGUACCCGAUGGGUUGGAAGAUGGGGAAGACAGGAACCAGAUAGGGAAGUUAACUGAAAGAUUAGGUCAGGUUAUGCCUGGACACCUGAAGCAGUUGAUUCAUAAGAUUAACGCAUCGGAUGAAGACGAGAUUUCGUGUGUUUUAACUGAUUUAAGCCUCGGAUAUGUAGUCCAUGUUGCGGUGGGGUUGGGGAUUCCGACGGCUGCAUUUUGGCCGGCUUCGGUGUUUCAACUAGUGAUUCUUCUUAGUAUCCCAAAGCUUAUUGACGAUGGAUGGAUUGAUGAAAAUGGCACCCCACUUGUGAAAGAUAAGAUGUUUCAGUUGUCACCUACGACGCCUGCUAUACACCCAACCAAAUUCGUAUGGUUCAACAUCGAUACCUCUCCUUCAACACAGAAAGUCAUGUUCCAUGCUUCAUGGGCGAACAGCAAAGCUGUUGAAACAGCAGAUUGGGUAGUUUGCAACUCAAGUUUGGAAUUGGAGCCUGAAGGGUUCAACUUGGCUCCCAAAGUCCGACCCAUCGGCCCGCUUCCAGCCUCCGAUCGGCUCGGAAACUUGUCUGGGAAUUUCUGGCCCGAGGAUCCAACUUGUUUGCAGUGGCUCGAUCAGCAAUCGCCUGCUUCAGUCAUAUAUGUUGCAUUCGGUAGCUUCACGGUUUUUGACGAAAUCCAGUUCCAGGAGAUGGCUCUGGGGCUUGAACUCACCAACAGGCCAUUUCUUUGGGUCGUCAGAGAAGAUAUCACAAAGGGGAAACACCAUGCUUACCCACAGGGGUUUAUCGAACGAGUGGGAGAUCGAGGUAGGAUGGUGAGUUGGGCACCGCAAGGAGCAGUGUUGGAACAUUCUUCGAUCGCUUGCUUUUUAAGUCACUGCGGGUGGAAUUCCACCAUUGAAGGCGUAAGCAAUGGGGUUCCCUUCUUGUGCUGGCCUUACUUUGGAGACCAGUUCCUGAACGAGAGCUACAUCUGCGACAUCUGGAAGAUCGGACUGAAGUUCGAAAGCGACGAAAGAGGGGUCAUCGGAAAAGAAGAGAUUAAAAGCAAGGUGGAACAAUUGGUCGGUGAUGAUGAUAUCAGAACAAGAGCUGUCGAACUGAAGCGAAGGGUUACCAAAAGUGUCGGCGAAGAUGGAAGUUCUGAUCAGAUGUUGAAAGAUUUUGUUGAGUGGUUGAAAUCGUAGAUAGCAGCAACUACUUCAGAAAUA